AUGAAAUCUGAAUUUCAACAGGCUGAAAUGGAAAUGAUUUACGAUGUUCAUCAGUGCAAUGCUACCAGCUCAAUAGUCACACAGACGAAUUGCCAUUUGAGUAAAAAUAAGAAACGUCGAACUUUCAAUUUGGAGAUCACCUUUUCAAGUGACGUUAAGAAAUUUUUUUUCGACUUGGUAAUUGUUUUUCCACGUAAGCCGAGAAAUUUUGUUUUGAUAAAUAUAAGUAGAGCGGAUGGUUGUCAAAUGUUGGGCAAUGAAAACCAAAUAGCUCUGGUACAACUGGGCCGUGCUCAUAUGGAUAAGUACAGCAAUUUUCCAAAAAAGUGCCCAUUCCAAAAGGAUGUUAUCUAUUAUGUGCGCGGUUAUCGUUAUGACAUUAAAUUUAUACCUGCAUUCUCAUUCGAAAGUGAUAUGUUGGUUUGGGUUAAUUUUUAUUCUGAUCGAACAAAGGUUUGGGAAAUGUUUCUGAAAACUCAUAUCCAAAAGAAAGGGAGGCGCAAUUAA